AAAGUGAGGCGCUCUCCUUCGUACGACGACUAAAUCCAUCCGAGAUUAGCCGGCCGCGGAGCACACGAAGCUCUUGCAUAUGAUGAAUUCACGGAUGCUGUUUUAUUUUCAACGCUUUAGUAUGUCCGGUUCCCGUCACAGUAUUGCUGUUGCUGCUGAAGUUACCAUUAGCAACUGGGCAGCGCCCGGCUCGUCACCUUCCGACGUCGCUGAUGUUGUGCUGCCAAAUACAGUAGCUGACUCGGCACGGCACGGCACGGCUCAGUUGCCAGUGUUGUCGGUGUGUGAGAGACUUCAGCUGCAUUCGGCUGCUUUAGCCUGGCGCGGAUGCGGUUUAAACGAGAGAAGGUUCCCAAAGGUGGCACAGGCUAAAAUCAACAGCACAGGCCUUGAAAAGCUAGUGGAUGAUUUGCUGUUGAGAUGCUGGAGUGACUGGCGAUGGUUCACACAUAGGGUCCCACUGGGCAGCUCUACCAUGCUGCCGGGAGUCGGUGUGUUUGGCACGGGGAGUACGGCCCGAGUGCUGGUCCCACUGCUAAAAGCUGAAGGCUUUGAGGUUCAUGCACUCUGGGGGCGAAGCGAAGAGGAAGCAUGCUGCUUGGCAAAGGAGCUCGGCAUCCCGUUUCACACCAGCCGAUCUGACGACGUCCUGCUGCAUCAAGAUGUUGACCUUGUCUGCAUCUAUAUUCCACCAUCCAUGACAAGGCAGAUAGCAGUCAAGGCACUGGGUAUCGGUAAGAAUGUCGUGUGUGAGAAAGCUGCAACUGCUGUGGAUUCAUUCAAGAUGGUCACUGCAGCCAGAUACUACCCACAGCUGCUCAGCAUUAUGGGUAACACCCUGCGCUUCCUGCCAGCUUUUGUUGCAAUGCGCCAACUGCUGGUGGAGGGAUAUGUGGGCGAAUUGCAGGUGUGUGAUGUCAGAGUCUAUGGUCCGAGCCUGCUGGACCAGUCGUACGGCUGGACCUGCGAGGAGCUGAUGGGAGGAGGCGGUCUUCACACUGUUGGCUCCGCCAUCAUCGACCUUUUGAGUUACCUGUCUGGCACACGAGCACACCGCGUGCAUGGUUUACUGCGGACCUUCGUGCAGCAAAACGGUUUGAUCCGAGGGAUACGCCGCGUCACCAGCGACGAUUUCUGUUUCUUCCAAAUGUUGAUGGGUGGGACAGGGUCCAGUAGCGUGUGCUGCACUGUGACCCUAAACUUCAAUAUGCCGGGGUCGUUUGUACAUGAGGUUAUGGUAGUUGGAUCCACUGGGAGAUUAAUUGCCAGAGGGACAGAACUGUAUGGGCAACGCAACGGGAGUAAAAGCGAGGAGCUGUUGGUAGGCGACAACGGCUGGGUGGGACCAGAGGUAAAAGAAAUGCCCCUGCCUCUCCUGCAGGGCCUGAGCUCCAUGGUGAAGGCGCUGAGGCAGUCUUUUCAGGCUAAGGAGGAGCGCCGGUGUUGGGCACGGGGACCAGUUGCCACUGCACCAACGUUUGAGGACGGUCUGUACGUGCAGACGGUGGUGGAGGCGGUGAAGCGGUCUAGCAGCAGCGGAGAAUGGGAGUGUGUUGAGAUCAUGAGUCAAGAACCUGAUCCAAACCAGAACCUGUGUGAGGCUCUCAAGAGAAACAAAAACUAGAUCUGUUAAUUCACCCAGUGCGACUACUGCAUGUCUGACAAAACGGAGCUCUGAAUGUUUCAAGUCCGCUGCUUCGACCUUUUAUGUGACACAUGACUACUUGGCUUGUUUGUUUUUUUUUAACACACUUGUCACAAUUUGACCUUUUUUUUUUUUAUUUGACUGUGUUGUGAAUGCUUGAACCCUCACAGAUGUGAUUUGUUUGUACACUAAAUUUGUAAAACACAGCUCUAUUAUUCUGAUUCUCAACAGAAAACAUUAUCAUAGCUGUAAAGCUCAUUUAAACGUGUUAAAAGCUCCCUGUGUCCCACCGACAGUCACCUUACGCUGCCUUGAUUAUCAUUCUUAGCUUGAAGUUGUGGAGUCAUGAUUUCAGAUUUUCGGCUAAAAAAGGAUCUAGACCUAUAUUAGUUGUUAGCCAAUAGUAGAUUUUAAUUUUAAAAAAUGGUUUUAGGUUGUUGGGUGUUUGGUUUUUUUUGUUUUGUUUUUUUGUUUUCAACUUAUGAGCAGUUUCUUUAGAUUUAUUAAUAUAGAAAGAAAACAAUUAUGAAGUCUGAAUAAGUGCAUUACCACUGAACAUCCCUUUUUUUCUGGUUAUUGUUUUUAAUUUUUUGUUGUUGUUGUUUUUUCUUUUAAAGUUUGGGUAUCACCAGAGAGUUUGAGCUGAGUCUAAUAUUUCCAUGACCACCGGCUGGCUCGCUGGCUAAUAAACCAUGCACCAGCAGGAACAGUUCAUUGAACCCUGCAAGAAGUCAGUGGUUUCAGGGCAGAUUGAAAAGAGUGUCUCAGUCAUAUCUGAGUUUGUUUUGGCCUGCUGAUAACGUGAGAGGGAUUAAUGGGUACAGUAUGCCUAUUUUAUCUGAAUUAAUAGUCUCAGCUUGUAUAUCCACCCUUUUUUGAUGGUACAGCAGAGUUUUAGGAUAGUUAUUUUGUUGAGCCUUCAGCUCUGGGUCAAGGAUCCUUUCCCCCACUUUGCAAAUCCAGGUCUGUAAGUUUCAGCAUAUUGGUUGCAGUUCACCAGCUGACGCCUGUAGCUACAGAAAGAUUUGUUCAAGCACCAUUUUUCAGGUGAUUAAUGAUGCUGUGUAUUACUAUAGGGAAACUGGAACACCAUGUGAUUCUCUACUGUAGAUAAAAUUUAGACUUUAAUAUGUUUGAAUGGAAAUAUAUUGGUGUUAAUGUACACUAACAGCACCUUUCUGUAAAAGAGGGAGUGUUUACCUCAGCCAUGACUGUGACCAUCACAGCAGCCGGGUGAUUUGACUAACAAAUGACCCGUUGUGAUUCUGAUAGAACUCAAAUUAGAGUAAGUAUAAUGGAGCUGUGUUCAGUUUACUUUCUAUUUUAUUUUUCACCUUGUAAUAAGUAUAUUUUAGACAUUUGAAAAAAAAGAGGUUUAAUAAUGUGUUUGUUACAAAAUGGCCAUGACUUACAUGAUACCAGGGAUUGAGUAAAAUAAGCUAUGUAGAGAAUAAAGUAACAGCCUGUAGCAAUGCCCCUGAAUUCCCCACUGUAAAUGUAUACUGAACUAUUACUCCUGUAAGCUGGAAAAGAGGAUGUAGAAAGUGUACGGUUGCCUGCUGCACAGACGGAGCAGCAGUCACAGUUUUACCAAAGUACAUUAUAAAAAUUCAAAAUAAAAGCUCUACUCUAGGAUGGAUGACUCAGCCAUGUCCUGUUACAUAACUGAAUUAUGCCUCAGGGAGUUUUUAGUGCAUACGCUUAGCACCUGUUUUUCCAUUUUGGACUGAUAGUAUUCCAUAAGGAUGUAGACCUUAUGGAAUACGAUCACCAUGUUAAAUUGGUAUUUCCAGUUUAUUUUGAUGUGUAUUUUCAUAGACAGUAUAACAGAUGAACGAAGCUUUCAAGUCUAAAAAUUGAAGCCAGCCUGGAAGUGCCAUAAACGGAAUUAUUUUUAAAGGCAAAACCUGCAAUACUGUGGGGGGAAUGACCAUUGAAUUUGACCUGUGUAAACACUCUCCUGUUGAGUCACUCAUUUUGGGUCACACUAAAUAAACGAUUACGUCUGUUUUCUAAAUUUUGGUCAUUCUUUGUGUCAGAUAAAAAGAUUUUUGAGGGUAUGCUGGUUAGCUAGCAGCUUGUGAUUGGCAAGCUGUUAUGAGCAUCACAGUAGCUAUGUCCAUCUUUUAUACUGUCCAUGGAUUUAUUAAAUAGAUUAUAAGAUGACAACACAUUGAAAAUGAAAGCUAGGAUGCUUAGGGGGAGUCAUUCUCACAUGCUCUGUUUGUUUGUUCGUUUCGGUUUUCUUCUGCGAUGUUUUGGGCAAACAAUGACUGCUGAGAUCAAACGUCAGUGGAUUAUUUGGAUUGUGUCUCAGGGAGUGUUUUGGAGAUGUUCUUGGCACCUGAUUUCCACUUCACACUGAUCAUAAUCCAUUUAACCAGAGAGCUUCUACUAGCCUUCAGGCUGCAAAGCAGAAAAUUAUAGUAGCAGUCGGCUCUUCAUAGCAUUCAGUGUUUAGUGGUAAACUCUGAGAUGUAUUGGAUUCAAAGCCUGAGUGGUUUUAAAGUUUGUGUUUAAGGUGUGUUUACAUUUGUUAAGCACUGAAGUAAAUUGUAGAUUUUUUUUUUUUUUUUUUUUAAACACGUGGGGUCACCAGUCGUUCAGAAACUGUACUGAUGUUUUUAUUGAGUGAAAUCACUGGAUUUGAUCUGUGUGAAAGUGUAAAUGUGCUCCGAGCCAGACAAGCUUCACAGGUGUUGUAGUCACUCACUGCUUCUUACUUCUGCUGACUAUCCUAACAAAUCGUGGCUUCACUGUUGCUAACGCUGGUGUGGCAGGAAGUGACAGGGGGUGUGUACUGCUUUGGUCUGGCGUGUCUGUCCCCUUCUUCAGCACCACGCAGGAUCUGCAGAUAUAAACAGAUGCCCGUUACACUCUUACUUCAUAGUGUCCCAACAGUGCUUUACAAAAACAGGAAGUUGAGUUUACAUUAAGUGUCUUUAUAAAACACAAAGCAUGUCACGUUUGCCUGCAGGAUGUUCCAUAAUCUGACACUGCUAAAAUACAUUCCAGCAUUGAUCAUCAUCUUCUUAUCUACAGUUGUUUUGUUGUUUUUGCACUGAGAAUGACAUGAUGCCACAUAUUUAAUAAACAGCGUGAUGCGUGUAGUGUCCAGCCAGCUCGCUGAAGAACACUUUUUGUAUUUAUUUGUAAGCUCAAGUGGAGAAAGUUUGCCAUUUUUUGCUUUCAGCCUGUGAACUUCUUUUUAAACCUGUUUUUUAUUUUUUAUUUUUUUAAAGCACUAAUGUGUUGCUUUAAAGUAGGGAAACUGUAAUGCUCAUCUGCUUGACGGAUAUUUCCUUUAAUAAAAACGGCUGCCUUUGUUUAA